UUUAAUUUUUUAGGGCUCUUCGUGAGAGAUUUAGGGUUCUUGAGAUUCUUUGCGAUGCGAGCGCUAAGUCAAUGGCUGAUCCUUGUUGGGAUCUUGCGGCUCUCUGCAGUCUGGUUUGGAUUCUUCGACAUUUGGGCCCUGCGCAAGGCAGUCUUCUCGAAAUCCUCAAUGACUGAAAUCCACGGGCGGACGUUUGGCGUGUGGACGCUGCUAACGUGCACGCUUUGCUUCGCUUGCGCGUUUAAUCUGGAGAAUCGCGAGCUCUACUGGGUCACAUUCGCGUCGUUCGUUUACGCUCUUGGCCACUUUGUGACCGAGUUCUUGAUCUACAAGACGAUGGCUCUCUCAAACCUCGCCACAGUCUCGAUCUUCGCUGGUGGUUCUAUAAUCUGGAUGCUUCUCUUUCGUCGCAAUUCAAAUGUCUCUUCUAACAAGAUCCGAGCUGCUGGAAAAACAAACUAGAAAGCUGAGUUUGCGAUCGAGCCUCGAUCCAAUUGUCGAUGGUGAGAGCCCAAAAAAAAUUCACCGUUUUCUCGGUCGAA